AGCAACGACCACGCGACUAAGUGCGCGCAACAGGUGCAAAAGUUAACAGGCGGCUAUAAGUUACUUUCUAUAUUUUCUUUCCAUUUCUUCCUUGCCACGAUUUCGUGAUUAAUCCUACCUGAAAUGGAUGGACUGCGUCUGGAAAGCCUGAACAAAGACGCGAAGGAGAUGAGUGAACUCGAAGUCCAACAGUCUGGUUUGGGGAGGGGGGAGCGGCGCGAGUACCCACCGAGUCUGGCACUCAUGGACAGCAGUGACCCACGCGCCUGGCUCGCUCCCGCGCAGCCUGGCACCUGUGCGCCACACGCCGACUACCUGCUGCACUCGCCCGGCUCAAGUGUGGAAGGCGUGUCUCCACCAGCAGGUCACCUCUCCAACUUUAGGAAGAGCUCCAAAACCCCUGUCAAAGUGCGUGAGUUGUGUCGACUCAAGGGCUCGCUGACAACGGACGAUGGAAGGCAGAGAGCUCCAUCCAGCAAAUCCACCAACGUGGUGCAAAAACAGAGGCGCCAGGCUGCCAACGCACGGGAACGGCGGCGUAUGCACGGACUGAACCACGCCUUUGACGAGCUACGGAGCGUCAUCCCGGCAUUUGACAACGACAAGAAGCUCUCCAAAUACGAGACUCUGCAGAUGGCUCAGAUCUACAUCAAUGCUCUGUCUGAUCUUCUGGAGGGUCCGGGUGCUAAAGCAGAUUCGCCAAACAGCAGCGUGUCCUCCACCGUCUACGAGGGGGACAACACACCCAGGGGGUCGCCGACAACCAGGGUUUUCCCUGCCCAGUUAACCGGAAUGCCAUUCGCCUAUGAGGAUGCGUCGUUCGCUUCUUUCAUGGAACAGAAUAUGCAGUCACCUACGGGGAAGUCCGAAUCUGAAAACAGCAAAGACUCACCCCGGUCGAACAGAAGCGAUGGAGAGUUUUCCCCCCACUCUCACUUUAGCGACUCGGAUGAGACUCACCUGGAGCUUCAGAGCGAAGACGAACUGUCGGAACUGAAACUUCCAAGCCACCAAGCAUACUAACUCUUUAAAACAAACUGUACUUAAGUUGUGUCAAUCAAAUGUGGAGUUGGCAUAUACAUUCCGAUAGCUUGCUCUAUGACAGCUGAUAUGAUGGUGUAUCAGAUUUAUAGUAUAUGGCCUUGAGAUGUUAUUUUUCAUAGGUAUUGUUCCGCCAAUAGAAUUUUACGCGCCUCUUGGUGACAUUGAUAGGACCCCUCUGCCAUGUCGACUGCCAUGGGCUCUCAAAUGUCAUUCAAAACAUGUCUUCCAAGACAACAAAACGAAGCCUGAUUUUGCCUUUGUAUACUUGUAAUUAUGCCUAGAAUACUGAAUUCAUUAAGAUGAUUUUGUCUUGAUUUUGUCCCUGUAAGAAUUUGCUUGCAACUUCUAAAGGUUAUGUGCACUUUAAAAACGAGCCAGAGGCUUGAGAGACAUGCGUUUGUCAUGGAACAAAUAGCGUCUUAAUGUAAGUAGUUGACUACUGCCAAUUUGAUACACAUAUUUAAAAUAGCCAUUAGUCUUUUUGUACAUUUGUUUGUUUUUGAACAUUAUAUUUCAAGGCGAAAUUGUAUUUUGCUUUGAUUUGGAGGAGGUGAUUUAAGUAUUUAUU